AUGGGCUACAGGGUCGGCUACAUAGCCUGGCCCCUGGGGCCAGGGGCGGACGCGUUACUGGGGCAGGAGCUGCUCAAGGUCCAAGACACGAUCCCAAUCUGCCCCCCCACGCUCAGCCAGCACGUCGCCCUCGCCGCCCUGCAGCUGGGCGGAAGCUACGUAGCAGCCAACGUGGCCGCGCUUGCGACCAACCGCGCCGCGCUGCUAGACGCGCUGUCGCCGCUCAACGCCGCGGCCGACGGCGACGGCGGCACGGCGGCGCCGCCCGCGGUCGCGGGCGGGGAGGGCGCGAUCUACUUCUGGGCGCGGCUGCCGCGCGGAUUCGAAAACAGCGACGAGCAGGUGGUGGCCUGGCUGAUCUCAGAUCACGGGGUGUGCCUGAUCCCGGGGUCGGCGUGCGGCUGCCCCGGGUACGUGCGGGCGGCGUUUGCAAACUUGAAACCAGACGUGUGCGCGGAGGCCGCGGCGCGGCUGAAGAGGGGGCUGGCGCAGCUGGUGGCCGAGGGGCCGGCUGUGCUCGCGGGCAGCGCCAAUGCACCGGCGCCGCCGCUGGCAGCCGCGGCGCGCGCGGGCGCGGCCGUGACCGUUUGA